GCAGAAAGUGCUACGUAGCAUUAAAGCAUCCAAGGAGAGAGGGAGAGAGAGUUGGAUUGAGAGGCAGCAACCCACCCACCGCUCGAGCCGCAACUGUAAGCAAUCGAGGUUCCUUUGACGUUGUUUUCCUGCUGAACGGCGCUUAUCACUCGCUGAAAUUAAUUUUUCUUGGUUGGAGGAUCGGCAUUGAGGUAAGGCGGUGGUGCUGCCAACUUCUUAUUUUAGCUCUCCGAUUAUGUUCCGUAAUCGUUUGGAAUCGGAUGUUUGGAUUGAUUUCUUUCGAGCUAGUGGAUAUAGAACUCUCAAUCUUGUGAUCUGGAGGAAGGUUUAUCAUUGAGAUUUGAAAUGUUAGGAAACUUGCCUGGAGCUUCCUCAAUGCAUAAGCGGGCAAUGAUGUCAAGAGAUUACACUGACCUGAGUGAUGUUGAAUAUGAUGAAGAGCUUGAGAAAAGCAGUUCAGAGCAAGAGACUACAAAACCUCCAUGGAAGAAAUCACUCCCUCAUGUGCUUGUAGCAACUAUAGUUUCUUUCUUGUUUGGCUAUCAUCUUGGAGUUGUUAAUGAGCCACUUGAAAACAUAUCUAUCGACUUGGGUUUUAACGGCAAUACAUUGGAAGAAGGCUUGGUUGUUAGUACUUUGCUUGCUGGUGCAUUUCUUGGAUGCCUGUUCAGUGGUUGGAUUGCUGAUGAAGUUGGGCGCCGUAGGGCAUUUCAGUUGUGUGCAUUGCCUAUGCUUGUAGGUGCUUCUAUAUGUGCGACUGCUAAGAGUUUGAUGGGAAUGCUUCUUGGGAGGUUCCUUGUUGGUACUGGUUUGGGAGUGGGUCCGUCAGUCGCAUCGCUUUAUGUGGCAGAGAUCUCUCCAGCUCAUGUAAGGGGAACUUACGGGAGCUUUAUACAGAUAGCAACUUGUUUUGGGCUGAUGGGAGCUCUAGUAAUUGGGAUUCCUGUCAAGAGUAUUUUAGGAUGGUGGCGCAUCUGCUUUUGGGUAUCCGCAGUUCCGGCUGCAAUGUUGGCUAUUUUGAUGAUGUUUUGUGCUGAAUCUCCACCCUGGCUUUAUAAGAAAGGAAGAAUUGCUGAAGCUGAAUCUGAACUCGAGAGACUUCUUGGAAGUCCACAUGUUGCAGCUGCAAUGAUAGAGUUAUCAAAGACAGACUCAGGGGAUGAAAUUAAUGCUGUAAAGCUUUCCGAUUUGCUUUUUGGAAGGCAUUCCAGAGUUGUUUUUAUUGGAUCAACCCUAUUUGCUUUACAACAGCUUUCUGGAAUAAAUGCUGUAUUUUAUUUCUCUUCAACUGUAUUUAGACGUGCUGGAGUUUCCUCAAACCUUGCCAAUGUUUUUGUUGGGAUUUCAAAUUUCAUCGGUUCCUUCGUUGCAUUGGCGCUGAUGGACAAGCUUGGAAGAAAAAUCCUCCUCCUAUUGAGCUUCUUUGGCAUGGCUAUAGCAAUGGCUCUUCAAGUUAUCGCUGCAGCAUUAUUUACGUCAAGCAAUCCUAUUUCGUUUUAUCUGUCUGUCGGCGGCAUGCUACUAUUUGUCUUAUUGUUCGCUGUCGGCGCUGGUCCCGUACCAAGUCUUCUCCUCCCCGAGAUAUUUCCAAAUCGAAUAAGGGCUAAAGCCGUGGCGUUUGCUAUGUCUGUACAUUGGGUGUUCAACUUCCUCGUCGGCUUACUGUUCCUGCGCCUGCUCGACCAAUUGGGGCCUGCGACGCUGUAUUCAAUGUUCUGCACAUUCUGCUUGAUGGCGGUGGGGUUUGUGAUGCGUAAUGUGCUGGAAACCAAAGGGAAAACGCUUCAAGAAAUCGAGAUCGCACUUCUUCCUCAGUAGUCAUGAUCGGGUAUAGUGUUCGCGCAGCCGCUGCUCUCAUCAUACGACAAAAGUGCAUGUCCCUGACUGACUGACAGUGUAGGCAAAUCUUUCUAUCGACUGCCGCCAUGCGACGAGGAUGACGGAAAGGCAUUGGGUGUGCACUUAAAACAGCGUGUGGCGUGGCUGGCUGGCCUGUUUUGCUGAGUUAAUUCAUUACAAUGAUGCUUGGUCGAGACGGGGUAUCGUAUAAAGCUCUCACUUUUGAAUAUGAAUGCUUCGUUACUUGCAAUUCGCUUUUUAAUUAACUUUCUUUAUUGAAAAUA